GUCGCUUAGCUAACUUUUUAAUGGGUUGGUGCAAGAAUGAGGAAAAUCCUUUGAAACCUCAAAGAGUUAUUGGCAUUUGAUAUUGGACAAUUUUCGUGAUUUCAAUGUUUUCGAUAUUUAUGUUUGCACCCCUAUCUCAAAACAAGGGUGGCCACUCAAUCGGGAAAACGGGAAAUGCGGGAAAAAGUCGGGAAUUAAAUUACAUCGGGAAAAAUGCGGGAAAAAGUCGGGAAUUUUUUAUCCGAUCGGGAUUUUGUUACCAAGAUUUUUUCGAAGUAUUGUGCAUGAUGCAAUUACAAAUGAUGGAGAAGUUGGAAGUGCAGGACUCCAAGUUGGUCCUUUAAAAGUUACAUGUUUCUUUAGCAGUCAAUUUUUGACCAAAAAGUCACUAAACUUACUUAUUUUGACCCGCUGACCAGUUGACUACUUUAAGCAGUCCUGCUUUUCAAAUGAAAUAAAUGUUGACACCAAAUGUCUUAGAAUAGCAUUAAAUGUCGAAAUCUGGUGGUAUCCAAAAAAAUUGAAUGGACUCUGUGGGAUUUCUCAAGAUGGUAAAGCGGAUUGAAACCGGGGUCGAAAAUCGGUCCGCAGUCUGGGAAUGAAAGUUGCCAGUUUGUCAAGAAAACGUUUUUAGUGAGAGAAUUAAUCAUAAAUUCUCAUAUGUACAAUAGAAACUGUUGCAAUUUCUAAGAGCAAUGCAAAAUAAGUUUCACUGUACAGUCUUACUAACAUUACCAGUUAUUAGUAGUUGUUUAAAUGAACGAAUUGAGGAUACAAUAAGUGGUUCUGAUUCUCCAGUUUUUCAAAUAGAUUUUUAUUUCAGCUAGUCUUUUAGAGGAAAUAUUUGGCGAGCUCUAGCGAAAUUAGCUACCUUUCCCGCUUAGAAACUCAAUGCUGGUGAAAAUUUGGAUUUGGGACGAAAAAACAUUUAAUUGAAAAAACAUUUGAAACUUUCCACAAAAUAAAGCAAACAUUAUUUUGAAAUUUUUUGAAAAACUAAUUUUUGUACAUAUUUCAAACUCGUAUUUUUUCUGUAAAUUAUACAAUUUGAUUGUAAAAAACUAUUUUUGAUGUUAAUACCCUUACAUAGAAAACAAUAUUAUCGUUUUCGAGAUAUUUCAAGAAAACAAUUUAUUUAUUUCAUUUGUUUCUUCCUACGACUUUUUACAUGCUUUUCGUAUUGCAACUAGCCUUAGAGUACGAUGCUGGCCUAACUAAUCAGUCGUCGUAGGUUCGUGUCUCAGCUCGAGAGAGACUGUUAGUGUCUGCGGGAUCGUAGCGCUAGCCCUGCAAUCGCUCUGUGCUCCGCUGCUAAAUCUAUGGCCAAUAAACAAAAAUACUUUAAAUGUUUCAAAAGCCAAAAUAAUUAGUUUGAUUGGUGUGAUGUUUCCGGCAAAGCUUUAGAUAGUAGUUCUAUUGAAAAAAAUUAUUAAAUAUCUCAAAAAGUUUUGAGUUCUAAGUUGCCAAAUGUUUCAACGUUGAUUAUUUGAACACGGAAAAAGUUAAAAUUUCUGAAAGUUUUUUUUCGAAACCAGAACGAUUUGUUUGAUUGGUGCGGUGUUUUCGGCAAAGUAGUUGAGUAUUAAAAUUUUUAAAUUAAAAUUUUAAAUUAAACAUUUCAAAGAGGUGAUUUUCGAAAAACAGUUUAUUGAUGAUCAUGGAGAAACAAAAACUAAAAAUUCUUCAGAAAAAAUCCUAAUAAGGAUUUGGGAAAAUUUCGGGAAACAUUUUUUUUCUUGAAAAGUUAAAAAAAGAAGUUGAAAAGAAGUUGAAAAUGAAUUUGUUAACUUUUCAACGGUUUCUGCAAGACAGUUUAUGCAGCCUUUUAAUUUAAAAAAUAAUAAUUUAAGAUCAUUUUUCUGAUUUCCAGGUUAUUUUUUAAGUUUCGAAAUCACUUAUUUUGAAAUGUUGGCCCCUAAUAUCAUUUUUUUUAUCAGCUUGGCCAUUUUUAGCGCUGGAUGCAAACAAGUUGAAGAUGUUGGCGGAUAACCAGCGAGAUGCAACUUUGAUGAGCUAGAAAAUCAAAAUACUGAAAAAGUUGUGAAUGCACUUCUGAAGUUUUCAGAAUCUGUGUAAUGCGUGAUAAACGAAAUACAGUUAAAUCGCAGUAUUUUUCCUUAAUGUAAAAAAAUAUCUUUAAAUUGAGAAAAAAACGCAAAUCCGUGUCACAAGUUUUGUUUCCUAAAUAAUCAAUUCAAUCAUAAUAUUCAUUACUCUUAGGUUAAGUAGUUUCUUGUUCACCCUUGACUUCCCACGACCUUUCCCGAUGAUUUGAACAACGAAAAACAAAGUUUGUACGAAAAGUGCUGUUUGGUUUGUUGUUGUUCCCCUCAUAGGUUGUUAUGCGUUGAAAAAAAUGUGCUUAUAUCAUAUUUUUAGGAGACAGAUAGACAAACAAUAUGUAUAUUAAACAAAAUAGCUAACACGAUUAUUGACUGCUUAAUGGAAGAUUUGCAAAUUUGAGAAAACCGCAAAAAUUGUAUUUAACCUGUCUACCAUGGGAAGGCAAAGGUUGCAUUUUAUGUAACUAAUCAACUGUUUGUGUAGAAUGUCCCGAGCAAAUUCGGUAGAAAUGAUAUGAGCUAUUACUUCCGAUUUAGGGUCCAGAAAUUGACGUUUAGCCGUCGAUAGAACAUAACCUAGUUACCGUUUCUGACAAUCGGGAAUUUCUUGCAAUCAUGCGGGAAAAAGUCGGAAAAAAUGCGGGAACUCGAAAAUGUAAAAUGAGUGGCCACCCUGCAAAACGUUUCCUUAAGACGUAAUUAUACGCAAAAAAAAACAAAAUAGCUGUAAUAUGCAUCAAAAUACUACAAGGGAUACAGCCCUAGGGGUUGUAUGAAAUGGUGACGCAGGACAAAUAUAUAAUAUUGAUUUCAACGCUUAUUUAACAUAUUUCACAACGCCUACACCGUGUAUCUCCAACUGUUAUAAGGGCUCCACUUGCUAUCGUGUUUGUAUCGAGUUGCGCGUAGAUUUUUGCAAUGCAGGCGGAACGACGCAGACUCGAGAAUGAGAAACGAAACAAAACACUUUCGAUACUACUGAGUGAUUGUCAUAAGCACCAAAAAAAAAAAAAAACAAGAAGAAACCACAAAAGAGCAAUUGAACUGGAAAACCGCUAAACUUCGCAGUGAAAAUUCCUAAAGUGAGGGUUAUAUCUUGCUGAUAAUCUGUUCAUAGGAAACACUGCCGUUUUUCUUUCGUGAAAAAAUGAUUUGAGGGGCAUUCCAUAGAAAACUCCACAAAACUUGAUUUAAAUAGGAAGAUGAAAGAAUGAUGUCUCCGACAAAGUUGUUUCUUAUGAAAAAGUACCACAACUUAGCCAAACACAGUGGACUUUUACAUGUAAAAAUAAGAAAAUUAAACUCGUUUCUCACUUUUAAGUGGAUAUUAUAUCACAAAAUUGUAACUUUUUUUUUCCUUGUAAAAGCCUAUGACCACUGCUACCAUUAGUUAGAUAUAUUGUGGUAUACUCCGCGUUACUUUAUAUGCACUGUCAGUUCGUUCCAUCACUAUGGGUAUCAGUGAUAGUCGCCCCAGACUUUGCAUUUCACCCCAAGAAGGUAUGGCUUCUUUGAUGAAGUUCCUUACCUUCGUUAGUUCAGCAGACCAUAUCUCUUUAGGCGUAAGGACACCUUUUCCAAGAAUACGCAGUCUUCGCUGAAUCAAUGCGCUGCAUUGGCAUAGUAAGUGUUCCGAGGUUUCUACUUCAGAAUUACAGAAACGACAUAUGUCAUCUGUCAGCUUACUAUAAAAUAACUUCUAUAAAAUGAGAAUAAUUAAUGGAAAAACUUUGCUAAAAACACUACGGCCCUAAAAUGAAUUUAUUCGGGCCAAAAAAAUUUGAUCACGUUUUUGCAGCUCUGAAAACAGUGUGCAACGCACAGUUUGAUAAAAAUGAUUGAAUCGAAGAAAAAGGCAUCAGGUUUAAAAGUUAUAUUCAAAUUAAGUAAAGCCCUAAAAAUUUAAAAAAAGCUGAAAAAUUAGGCUAUCAAACAGUAUGGCAAGACGAAUAGCUUUAAGUUGAAAAUUCCAUUUUCAUUUCAUUUUGCUAUUACGAUAUCAAAGUAACAAAACCGUAAUAGGACUGUGCCGUUAAUAGGAAUCAAUACUUUUAAAAAGCAUUUUUCAGACGCAAGCUCUGAUGGAUUUUUUUUUUAGUGAUUGUACAUAUUCAUUAUAUGUAUUACAGAUUUGAGCUGUACUGUCUCAGGUUUUCCGUCGGGUAACCCGAAUGAUAUUCUAGAUUCUUAGCAAUUCGAGAAAAAACUACGAAAAAGGUAGAUAAAAAUAUGUUGAAAAAAUUAUAUUCUACUCGGGAAAAAUUAAAUUUUGAGACCCAUCGUGUUAUUUUGUACGAAAAUAAAAAUGCCCAGAACUAUGAAAACAUAAUAGCAACAGGCUGAACAUGCAGACGAAACGCUAAAGCAAUUGGUGGGGGAGGAGGGUGUUAACGAAAAAUUUUCGGGUUCCUUCGGUCGUUGUUUCUCGAUAGCAACACAAGAUCUUGUUGAAACUUAUCGAGGCAGAAUGUUGGCAGUUCUAAAUGCUAGCGAAGUGCGUCACAAGUAACUAACUAGGCAAGUAUGCACGCCGUAGGCAGUGCUUCGAGAAGUCAUGUGCAUGGAAGAUGUAACUGUUUGAAUUAUUCAUCGUUCCGUUGCUUUUUGUGCGCACAAUGUGCCCCGGAACUACGAACAGGUCUAGCUGAUAUCGCACCUCACAAGUACAAUAGCUCUUGGAGCUGGUCGUGCUUAACUUAUAAUGGUGACGAUAGAUGCGACUGAAGUUUGAAUUCCAUGAAUAAUUAUCGAUCGGUUUUUUCUGCAUGCGUCUUCAUAAUAUUAUUUCUGUUAGCCUUUUGUAUAUAUUUUUCAAAUUCUUUUUGCUUUUAUAUUCACGCCGACUUAGACACGUUUUUAUUUCGUGUUCUUUAUUUACCCCGAAACAAUCGAACUGCGAUGCAGCUUUAACUCUAGCCGACUUGAAUGAACAAAUUCUGCCGGGAAAAUUGGUAAAACUAACUUCUAAGUAUUCACGAUACGGACGGAGGAUAGACAGGCAAUUGGAAAUAAAAGCUUCAAUGGGCCUAAAACGUUGAUUGAUCUGAUAGGUUAUAAUCAAAGCAAUCAACCACGACAGUAACGUUAAGUAUACACAAGUCUGCGAACGAUAGCCAGUAUGAAUAGAAGAUUACGAAAAAAGUGUUGUUUGAUCUUGUUUUGAUGUGCCGAGGAAGCCACGGCGCAAUCAUUCGAACCAGCAGCAAACUGAUAAUCAAAGUGAGUGGUGUAGUGGGGGUGAAAAAAAAUCAUUUCGUCGCGAAAGAAGUGCAGUGAAGUAAUUGAUAAAACUGGAUUCGUCGACACAGCGUCGGUAGAACACGAGCAUUAUGAAUCACCUCCCAGGAUCGACUCCUCGAUCGCCGGCUCCGUCGCCCGAUCCGGACGUGGACGAUGGAAGCUCUAGAAAGCAAGCUACCAGAGUAUUCAAGAAAAGCUCCUCCAAUGGCAAAAUAACGGUUUAUCUAGGCAAACGUGACUUUGUGGACCACAUAACGCACGUCGAUCCCAUAGACGGCGUCGUACUGAUAGAUCCAGACUACGUGAAGGAUCGUAAGGUUUUUGGGCACGUACUGGCCGCCUUCCGGUAUGGGCGCGAGGAUUUGGACGUGCUUGGGCUGACGUUUAGGAAAGACUUGUACCUCGCCUCCGAACAGAUCUUCCCACCGCUGGAAACAGAUCGACCACUGACGCGGCUCCAAGAGCGGCUGAUCCGCAAAUUGGGCCCGAAUGCCUACCCAUUCUACUUCGAAGUGCCACCUCACUGUCCCGCCUCGGUUUCGCUACAGCCGGCACCCGGCGACACCGGCAAACCGUGCGGCGUGGACUAUGAGCUGAAGGCCUUUGUGGGCGAAACGCCCGAGGACAAGCCCCACAAGCGGAAUUCGGUGCGGCUGGCAAUUAGGAAAAUUAUGUACGCACCGUCGAAGCUGGGUGAGCAGCCAUCGAUUGAAGUCAGCAAGGAGUACAUUUUGAAACCAAAUAAAAUCCAUCUAGAAGCGAGUUUGGACAAAGAGCUUUACCAUCACGGCGAAAGUCUUUCGGUGAAUGUACAUAUAGCGAAUAACUCGAGUAAAACGGUUAAGAAAAUAAAAGUUGCCGUGCGACAAUUUGCCGACAUUUGUCUCUUCUCGACAGCGCAGUACAAGUGCACUGUGGCGGAGGUCGAGUCAGAGGACGGAUGUCAAGUGGCGCCCGGUUUCACACUUUCCAAAGUGUUUACGCUGACUCCACUGUUGGCCAACAACAAAGACAAGUGGGGAUUGGCCCUGGACGGGCAGCUGAAGCAUGAGGACACUAAUCUGGCCUCAAGCACGUUGUCUCGCAACAUGGUUGAUGGAAAAUAUAGAAUUGCCGACCCCUCGCAGCGGGAAAAUCUCGGCAUCAUCGUGCAGUACAAAGUGAAGGUCAAGCUCUGCAUUACACCACUGGGCGGUGAUUUAGUGGCCGAGCUUCCGUUCAUUCUGAUGCAUCCGAAGCCGGACGACGAUGAGCCGGUGAUAGGGGGAGAACGGUCACCGGGGCGAACAAUUAAUAACGCCGCGGAUGGAAGCAGUAAACACCUAGUGGCAACCGGUACCGGAACUGGUGGUGACCAGAAUAGUAAGAACCACAGCGGCCAGGGCCCGACUAAAGAGGACGGACCCAAUUUGAUUCAGCUUGAUGGCGAUGAGAACUGUCCAGACGACGACAUCAUUUUCGAGGACUUUGCCCGGUUACGCCUGAAAGGUGCCGAAACGGAAGCCUAAUAGACUGCGGUGUGCGAUCCUGGCCGCUGUUGAUGCGUUCGUUGUUGCGUGUGCAGAUAAAUGCGCUUCUUGUUUGUGCUGUUAUCUAGGGUAGCUAUUAAGAGGGUGAUGCGCGUCCUCGUAUGAAUGCCGUGCAAAAUCGCAAUCAAAUCCCGCUGUUGCGCCAAAAUCAACACAGCAGUAUCGCGUUUAGCAGUUGCAUUAAAGCACGUAUGUAAUGUUGUAGUGUUUGUAAAAUGCCGGAAGAUCCUAGGAGAAGCAAAAAAAGUCUCAACUACCGUUUGGUUUGAUUCGGCCCUGAUGGCACCGUUGUCAUUGUAAGUAGUUCAUGAGCGAGGAGGAAUGAGUGUGCUAGUACAUCGUUGAGUAUUCAGUGGAUAGCAACACUGUUCGGUGUUUGUCCUUUCCCCUAAGACCUACAAUGGAGUAACUCUGACCGAGUUUUUUUAUAUUGGAAUUACUACAAUGUGUCGUAAACUGAAUACAUACCGGAUAAGAAAAAUUGCUGUAGUAAGUUAACCUUCUUUGUCCCAAUCAAAGUCUAGUAAACAUAAAAUUUGCGGUAUUUACUACACAAAGACACACGGCAAAGCCAAUUGCGAUUUGAUACAGUUAAAAUCUCUAAUUAUACAAUUAAAUUGGAUCUAAAUUUGUUACUAUCUCAUCUAUUGGAUUUGAUGGUUUUGUAACCACUAGACACAACAGCACAAAGGUAGUGUAUGAAAUCCAAUCACAGCACGCACAUUAGCCUACAAUAAAAACGUCUCAGCAAAUUUUUUUGAAAAGAUUUAAUAAAUACCUCCAUUUUUAUGGUGAAUGACAGCGGCAGUUUUACACACGCUCCUUGGGCCAGAGGGGGUUGAAAGACCGUACGUUAGUUGACAAAAAUAAUGGUAGAAAACUAGCUGCAACAGUAAUUUAAGCCAACAGAAAGUAAACUUUUAACACAUUUUAAACAGAAUAAAAAAUAAAUCGACAACAACAAAAAAAACUUGAAAGCAUUUACGAAACGCAAGCCUCAGAGUGUGUUCGCUUCACACCAAUAUAGUCACAAGAAUCGUUUUCAGUUGCCUGAGCGCGUUAAAAAGCCGUAUAUAUAUAUUUAAUAUAUGCCUAUUUUCCUCCUAAUUAAAUAUUAUCGAGUAAGAAACGCUCCUUUUUAUCGACAGUUUCAUUAUUUAUGAAUGUUAUUUUGUUUGUUGGAAAAUACUAUUCCUGCAUCUAUUUAGCUUUUAUUUAUUCUCAUAAGUCAAUUUACCACAACAGAAGAUUUCUGAUAUACACUUUAUUCUUAUGUGUUCGCACAACAAAGAGAACGGUCGAUGUUAUCAAUCACACAAUCACGAUAAGGCAGAACUUACUCGUUUCUAUGUAAAUUAAAUAUCUUCAUUCGGACAAUAGUUUACCUUGUUCUACACAGUUAGCUUUGUAAAUAAACAAAGUUUGUAACAGCUUUAUUUCAACUUUGGAGAAAAAUUUGUUUCAUUCUGCUUCACUUCAAUCCGGUUUACAACAUCAUCUGCAGGGAACUUGCAAGGUUUAUAUCGAUAAUCCGUUGUUUGAGAUCGAGGAUCAGUAUUUUUCCAGAAUGUGAAUGCGUUGAAAAAAGUAGUAGGUAAUAAUUAGCCUUCACUAUGUGGUUUCUGAGUGUAUCAUUUAUUCGAAAUCGUAUUCACUACAGCAACAGCUACACUUGCACUAUUUGGAGUAACCUUAGUUUUGCAAUCCUGUAAUUUAUUUUUGGAAGUAAUUGUUUGCUUUUUAUCAUUGACUACGGCAUUGAUCGGUAGAUCAUUUCUAACGUACACACAUUUCCAGAAUAAGCACACAUUAUCCACUUGGGAUAUGAGGCACAUAGCUAGAACAAUAGCCUUUGGGUCUUAAUAAAACCAAUUUACACAUCUAUAGCAUUUGAUGUUCCAUCCGGUUAGCUAAUGUUAAAUGUAGCAAAACAUUUCAGUUGACGUUCAAACUAAAAAAUCGAAGUCCGUUUAAUGGUCCCACCUUUUAUCGUGCAGACAAAAGUUGAUUGUCCUAAAUAUAACAUACCAUUGUUGGCUAACUAAAGUCUAAAUGUGCAUAUUUUAUACAGUUGUUCGCGCGAGUGAGUUUAGCAAACAAAAAUCAAGAGGGGCUUCGAACAAUUAAUUACUUUACUCGUAAAGCCAUUUCCUUACACUGAAGUAGCGCACACUUUUUGUACGAAGGCGCAUAGAAUUACACACAUUCGAACAAGUGUUAAGAGCAACCAUUCAUGUAAAAUUGUUAGCAAAAGAAGACCUGAAAAUUAGGAAGGAAGUAAUUGAAGCCAUCGAAUUUAAUCAAAGAGAAAAGUUAAAUUAAAACAUUCGUUUCCUUUUCAUUUAUCUUAUCUGUGAGUGAAGUAAAUCCGAACGACAGAAUUCCACUUAAACCAUUUAAGAACGUUAACACUAAUAACACCCACGUGAGGGAGACGUUUUUUCAUUUUCCUGUCAAAAACUCACAAAUUGUUGUUAAUUCCGGUCUCAAAUCAAUAAAAAGAGCCAAAAUUUCCGGACGUUACCAUUUUUAUCAGUCAUCAUCGGAAAAACUGCUUAAAACUUGAACAUAAAAUUUUUACUCACAAACGAAAAUCCCUUCCUCGGUGAAGCAUAAACGGAAAACCAGAGCAGCAACAAUAAAAAUUCAACCAAUGAGGAAAAAAAAACUACUCUAGUGAAAAUUUAUAGCAAAGCUAUGAUUUGCUGACAGUGUAGAGCAAGUCACACACUCACAGUGCAUACCAGCACACCAUUACACACACAGACAACAAGCAUAGAAAAGCAUAAAUGUAUUAACUGACUGUAAGAUGUAUAUUAUAGUUUAAAAUAAAUUAAACAAGAGCAUGAAAACUGGAGAAAAAAAAUCACAAUGGGUGAUAGAGUUUGAAUUAGGGGAUCGUCUGAGGACAGAAUUUUUUGCAGAAGAUAUUGAAGUUUUUCGAUCACCUCCCACCAGUUACCGUGUUGUUCGAGUAACUGGAACCAGAGUAACGACCAGAAAAGCAAUCCGUUGAAAGAAGGGUGUUGGUGAUGGUCAGAAUUUUUGUAUGUAGAUGCUAACCGAAAGGCAAAAUAAAUCAGAGUAACGAGGAAGAUGGAAAGCUAUUGCAAACUAAAAGAAAUAUAAGUUAUUGUACUAUUACCACUAAGUAAUUGCUAUAUACAUGAUUUUUUACCAUUAUAAUUAUUAAUGAAAAACAAAGGAUAUGAAAAAACUGGAAAAUGGAAAUUGCAGUUCAACAAAAUAUAAUUUGGUGUAAA